AUGGCCAUGAUGCAUCAUUGUACACCAUUGUUGCUGGUUUUCAUGCGAACAUUGAUGUUAGUCCAGGCUGGUGAAAAAGUGGGCGGUCAUAUCGACUUGACAUCGAUUAUGAGAAGAAACAAGUACUAUAACAAUCAUGCGGUGCCUACUACUGGUCAAGGUGGGUUUUCUGAGGAUAAUUUUUAUUUUUUUAAAUUUUUGAGUCAAGUGGUUCAAAAGUUUUGAGACAUUUUGCACGGUGCAGUCGUUUUAUUGGGUUUUGCACGGUGCAAAAAUUAAAAAACGUCCAAUAUGCAAAUUUUUUGAAGAUUUUUGAAAUUUUAUGACAAAGGUAUGACAAUCUAGAUUAAAAUCUAUAUUUAGAAACUUAUUUUUGUGAAAACCCUUUGGCAUUUGCACGGUGCAUGAAUUUUAAAAUUACUGCACGGUGCAAAAAUUAAAAAAAUAUUUAAAUUGAAAAUUUUUUGAAGAUUUUUGAAAUUUUAUGACAAGAAUAUGACAAUCUAGAUCAAAAUCUAUAUUUAGAAAUUUAUUUUUGUUCAAUGCCUUUGGCAUUUCGCACGGUGCAUAAUUUUAAAAUUACUGCACGGUGCAAAAAUUAAAAAAUGUUCCAUAUGCAAAUUUUUGAAUGAUUUUUAAAAUUUUAUGAAAGGGAUGACAAUGUAGGCGAAAAUUUAUAUUCAAUCACAUAUUUUUGUUAAAAUCCUUCGGAAUUUUGCACGGUGCAUUACUAUUAAAAUUACUGCACAAUGCAACUUGUAAAAUACGAACGAACUUUUUUGCUUGUAUAAACAAAUUUUUGGAGAUUCAGUAGGAAACAAAAAAUACAUUUUAAAAACUUCAUUAAACUACAAUUUACUUCAGGCAAACCAACACGGGUAACGGUACAAAUGUACAUUGAAGGUAUGUCUUCAUUUCGCGCUCAAACUAUGGUAAGUUUAAAACUCUUGUUGUCAUUUUAAAAUAGACUUUUUCAAAAAUUUGCUUUAAGACGUUUAAAGACUAGUAUCUUGGCUACCUUUCUAGUUUACACUCAAGUAUAUUCAUGUUUACAGGACUUUCAUAUUGACUGUUAUUUACAAUUACGAUGGGUGGACGCUCGCCUGGCUCAUAAUGGCAGCGAGCGCAUUUUAGUCAAGGAUAUGAACUUGUACGGGCUGAUCUGGCAUCCAGGUACGUUUUCAGUAGCUUGAAAGAAUUUACUUUAUCUAUAUUUAAGAUAUAGUUUAUUAAAAAUGGCAUUAUUUUUGAAAAAUUUGGAAUUUAGGUUGAUUUUGAGAGUUUGAUGUCAUGGUGAAUAUAAAAAAGGAUCGGUAACUUAAAAUUUUGUUGUCAAAUUAAACAGUUGGUAUGAUGAUAGCAUAGAGUAUAGUAUAAAGUAACUAUGACGGUAUACAAUAAAAAAUGGCACCUUUGAAAACUUAGAAAUUAAAAAAAAACUAAACUUUUUCGAAAAAAUGUAGGUUUUUAGGAGACAUGGGCUUGAACAAUUGGUCAUAACUUUAAAACUGCUGAUUCAAGAUUAAAGAUACUUUUACGGUAAUGUAGCGCAGUAAAUGCUCUUUCUUAUGAUAUGAUACGUUUGUUUUUAAAUGUUUGAUUUUAGGCUGAAAAAUAGCCUUUUUUCUGAAGUUUACUGUUUUCAACCCAUGGUGAAUAUAAUAAAAGCACUGUAACUUCAAAGCGCAUCUGUGACAAAAUUGAAUUUAUAGUACUAUAACUAAGUAUCACAACUUGCUUUUAAAAAAAAAUAUUUUUAGAUUUGUAUUUUGCGAACGCCAGAACAGCCUCAUUUCAUGACGUCACCUCACCAAAUUUCCUUGUUUGGAUCUAUUCUAAUGGUACUGUAUUUUAUGAUGCUCGGUGAGUAUUUCAUACUUGUUUUUGAGUCCAAUAUGUUAUUUAAGUUAUAUUUGAUAACAUAUUUGAUCCUGGAACUUUUCAGGAUAUCAAUGACAGUGAUCUGCAUGUUACACUUGGCCAGGUAUCCAUUAGAUAGUCAAGGGUGCUCGUUAAGGAUAUUGUCGUGUAAGUUGGGUUUCAGUAUCUUUAGGUUAGUAUGAACGUUUUUGAGACUUUAAUAUGUGGUGUAGCACUAUUUUCAAAACAAAAAAAUUUUUUUUGAAAUUUUGAAAAUUUUAUUUGUUUCGUACUAUAUAGUACCUAAAACUUUUUUUGAUCAAUAAAUUAAAUUUUUUAGAGUUGUAGGGUACACUCUAGGUCAUUUUUAAGUGAUAAAAUAUAUUUUUUAAAUUUUUAAAAAUUUUGUUUUUUCUGAUACUAUAUAGCACCAAAAAUGAAAUUUUAUAGAAAAAUUGUAUUUUGUAGUACAAAACAGUAAAAAAAGUAUAACUUUGCAACAAAACAUUUUGUUGUAGUAUAUAUUACUAUUUUACAUCGUUUUAUGAAAGAUUUAAGUUUUAGUACUAUAUAGUACCUAACCUACCAUUUCUAAUCAAAAAUCUAUCUUCAGACCCAUACGACGUAGAAUCCUUGAUAAUAGAAUGGAGUAGUAACGGUGUGAUGACGAAUCCAGAGAUCCGAAUGCCAGAUAUGAAGCUACGUGAGAUCAUACCGGCUGUCAGGAACGACAGUUAUGCCACAGGCAAUUGGAGUUGUGCGACGGCCGAAUUCAUCGUGGAUCGGCUUCUGAUGCAUCACAUUAUUCAGAGUUAUGUUCCUCAGAGUUUGAUCGUUGUCAUAUCAUGGAUAUCGUUCUGGCUGGACGUGGAGGCUGUGCCUGGGAGGGUUUCGUUGAGCAUUACUACGUAAGUUGAUGUUUAAUAAAUGUGUCAUAGGGUAGGGUAAACAUUGUAUUAUAGGGCAGGGUAAAAAUUAUAGGUUGGGGUAGGGAAAAAAGUAUAGGGUAAGCUAGAUUAAACUUUUUAUUGCAGAGUAUGGUAGCGUAGGGUAAAAACUAGACUGUAAGGUAGAGUAAGCAUCAUAUUAUAGGGUAGGGUAGGAAGAUAAGGCAGAGUAGAAUAAAGAAAGCGCUGGGGUAAAGCCAUGCUAGGCUUAAGGUAUAGCUAGCAUGAACUUAAGGCUAGGGUUAGGGAUAGUCCGAAGACUAGGGUUGGGACUAGGGCUGAAGCCAACGGCUAAAACUAGGACUCUGGGCUAAGACUCUGGGCCAGGGCUUGGGGCUAGGACUCUGGGCUAGGGUUCUGGGCUAGGGUUCUGGACUAGGGCUCUGGGCUAUGGCUCUGAACUAAGGCUGAGGUCAGGACAAGACCAGGACUGGCUUUUCAAUAUUGAACUUGUAGUACUAUUACUUAUGAAAAAGCUAAACUUUUUUUUCAUUUUAGACUACUCACCCUAUCAACUCAAAGUUCAGCUGAACGAAUGUCUUUACCUCAAGUAAGUCGAUUUCAAUUUUUUUUUCAAAAAAUUAAAUUUUUAAAGUUAUAAAAAGGUAAAAUACGUACAUCUUUCUCUAUAUUUAAAGUUUGACAAAAAUUUUUUUACAAGUCCAAGGUCCGAAUUUCGUGUUAAUUUUAGUUUCCCCCAAGGCAUAAAGUUCGAAAAAAGACUGUGGGAGAUUUGUUUGGUCCUAAAUCGUUUGAAAGUUUUUAUAAUUCGUUUCAAUUAACAUAAAAUACGGAAUAAAAGGCUCUAAAUGGCCUCAAGGGAAAGAAAAAAUGAGGAAGUUUUGGAAAUUAAAAAAUAUAGCCUUAGCUCUAGCCCCAGCCCUAUUCCUAGUCCUAGCUCUGAUGCUAGCCUUAGACUAUGCUCAAGCUAUUGCCUCGUCCUAGCUUACUCUAUAGCCGUAUUUCUUUGUCCUAGCCUAGUCUUUAGCCGUGUUCGAGUCUAAUUCUAGCUCCAGCUAUUGCCUAGGCCGAACUAUAGUCCCCUGAACCUAGCCUAGCUCUAUCUAUAGUCAUGUCUUAGUCUAGCUAUAAUCUUGUCCUUGAAUAGUUCUAGCUAUAGCUUUGUCUUAAUGUAGCCCAGCCCUUGUCUUGUUCUAGCCUGGCUUUAGCCUUUAUCUGGCCUAGCGUUAGCAUUGACCUAGAAUUAGCCUUUUUUAGCCUAGCCUUAGCUAAAACCUGGCUUUAGCCUAGUUCUAGCUAUAUCCCAGCUAAAGUCUCGCCCUAGCCUAGCAAUAGUCUUUUCCUAGCCUAGCGUUCCUCUUGACUUAGCCUAGUCUUAGCUAUAGCCUUGCCCUAGCGCUAACUAAAGUCCUGUCCUACCCAUGUUUCAGCUACAGCCUUGUAUUAUCUUAAUCUAGCCUUAGCUCUAGCCCUAACCCUACGCCUAGCUCUAGCCCAAGCUUAAGCCCUAACCCUUUAGUCCUAGACCAGUUAAAAAAUAUAAUUUGAUUCCAGGCCAGUUACGUCAAAGCCUCGGACGUGUUCGGCGGUGCUUGUAUGGCGUUCGUCUUCUUGGCUCUAAUAGAGUUUACCAUAGUAAAUUACUGUACUCGGCGGAAAAUACACGAGAAAAUGCCAGUAAAAGACUGUCUAUCAGCUCAAGCGAAGAGAAUGGCAGAGGAAUACGUAAGUUUUUAGUAGGGUAGGGUAAUGUAGGAUAGUUUUCAGUAGGUAGGGUAGAGUAGGAUAUUGUCUCUACUUCACUUCAUACUGUACUUUCAGCACGAACGAAUGCGAAUAAAGCAAGAGAUGCACAUGAGCCUGUUGCCAGAUCGAAAUGGUAAUGGAGUUCACAAUGGAGCCAACUUCUUUACGAGGAUGGGCGAUGAAUCCCCGAGUGAAACCAAUAACAACAAUAAUGAGCGACAAAACUUGUUCAGAAGGAGUAAUGACCCCAUCAGUGGGUUUCCGUUACCUUUCCCAACACCUGGCUUUGGCAAGGAUGCGGUCAAGAUCAACUAUAAGAAGGCUCAGCGGUAAGAAAGGGCAUUUUUAGUCACAAUUUUUUGGGCGGGGUAAAAAUUUUAUAGGGGGGGGAGGGGGGUGGGUAAUUAAAAAUUUUUUAGGGCGAGGUAACAUUUUUUUUUACAAAAAAGACAAUUAUUAAAGUAUGGGAAGGGCCGUUCAAUGUUAAAAAAUCGAUUUUACAGGGCGUGGCAAAAUUUUUUUGGGCGGGGUAAAAAUUUAUUGACAGUGGGUAACAAGAAAAAACAAGUUUAGGAAGUUAGGAAGGGUUCAAAAGUUCAAAAAAAUUGAUUUUCUCCGGGCGGGGUAAAAUUUUUUGGGGGUGAUUAAAAAUUUUUUUUCUUAGUAACAGCUUAUAAAACGCUUUUUUGGUUGUUUUUCUUAAUAUUCCUGCCAUUUUUCAGUCAACAACGAAUGGAAAUGAAUCGAAAAGUGGCACAGACCAUUGAUUUGCACUGUCGCUUCUGGUUUCCCUUCUCUUUUGUCAUGUUUAAUAUUGUUUAUUGGACGUAUUACCUCUAUAUUAAUCCGAAAGACAUAUAA